UCGCUCGUGAGCUGCGUCAGUUCCUCUCGUAUCUGGGGUGAAAGGGGAAAGGCUAAAGAUUGUCGUCGUCUGGGACGUGCGCUACUGAAAUGACCACUUUACGUGCGUUUUGUUGUGACGACCUUUUUCGCUUCAACAACAUAAAUUUGGAUCCACUAACGGAAACCUAUGGAAUACCCUUUUACCUGCAGUAUCUCGCUCAUUGGCCAGAAUAUUUCAUUGUUGCAGAGGCACCUGGAGGAGAGCUAAUGGGUUACAUUAUGGGGAAAGCUGAAGGAUCAGUGGCAAGAGAGGAAUGGCAUGGACAUGUAACUGCCUUAUCUGUAGCCCCAGAAUUUAGACGCUUGGGACUAGCAGCUAAACUAAUGGAACUGCUCGAGGAAAUAUCUGAAAGAAAAGGUGGAUUCUUUGUGGAUCUAUUUGUACGAGUAUCCAAUCAAGUGGCAGUGAAUAUGUACAAACAACUUGGCUACAGUGUUUACCGGACUGUAAUAGAGUAUUACUCAGCUAGCAAUGGAGAGCCAGAUGAAGACGCUUAUGAUAUGAGAAAAGCCUUAUCAAGAGAUACGGAGAAGAAAUCAAUAAUACCCCUUCCUCAUCCAGUUAGGCCUGAAGAUAUUGAAUAACUUUAAGCUGUGGCUGUUGGGCAAUGUAUAAACCAAAAAUUAUAAUUUUAUUGUUUUAAUAAGAGAAUACAGAGAAGUGCUUCAAGAUAAGUUUGGGUAUUUUAUUAAAGAUAAGAGCAUUUGCUGUUUGACUGUAAAUAGUGCUCACUGUUUCAAUACUUUGAAUAAACAUUAAGUUAUAUUUUAAAGAGAAGGCUGAGACCUAGUAUCAUGUUUGGUUUAUAGCCCCAAGAGCCACAGCUUUACUGGAAAAUGUUUCAGUUUAGCAUAUUUCCUCCCUAGCAGAUAAUAGCCCAUUUAAAUACAUUAAGUAUGUACACAAAAAAAGCUUGUGUGUGUCCUUCAUGAAUGUUUGUGCAUCAUUUAAAUUGUCAUUUUUGUGAUAUAGAGGAUAUGUUCUAAUACUAUUGGCAGCUCCUGUUGAGUCUCAGUACUUGCAGGGAAAAGUGCCCAAGUUGCCUGUUGAGGACGAUCAACAAUGUUUUUGGGAAUGUUGAAAGCGGAGCUUAGUUUUAAAUACUGGUGUUGAUUGAUUGAAAAUGCUGUGAGUAGUGUAAUUACAAUGUUUUUUGUCAACAGAAAAGGUACUGUCUGAAUUUGUACCAAUAAUGUUGGCACUUCACAUUCUCAAGGCUUCUAGUUCUUUUAUGGCCUUUUCUUAUUUUUUCUGCUAUUAUCUAGACAGGGCAGCAAUCUGUCUUAACAGAAGGUAACAACUGAGUUUUCACUUGCUGUGUUUGUCCAGCGUACAGCCAAUUCACCUGGGGGCAAGGGAAGAUAGAAACACCUUUUGACAGGUAACAGUGGGGAUAGGGUUGAUUAGGGGUCACAGGAUCUCUUGUAAUGAACUGAAAAAGGGUUUCUUAAAAAGGUUCAUAUUUGUUCAGUUUUAAUGUAAUAUUACCAAGGUGCUGUAAUAAAUUGCCAACAUAAAUGUUUACAUUAAAAUUGCUAUGUGUACAGAA